GGCAAAGCGCAAGAAACAUUUCCAUUCCUUUGAUGAACCAACAUCGUCUUGCUACAACAAGCAACCACACAGCAACUGGAGAUGGUAUCCACGCCCUAAAGUCAACGCUGUCUAGCUAGUCUCUCAACGCCGACUGCCUUCGAUUUCCCCUAUCAUAGCCGCCAUGGCGGAUCCUAACUCCUCAGACUCACAAUCCUCCACUACACCGUCAAAGCCCUCCUCUUCCUCGAUUCCAUGGAAUGGAAACACAUUCAUUGCCACCGACACCAGCGCUGGCCGCUGGAAGAUGCUGUGGAGAGCCAUCACAAAUCAACUACCCCCGGAUGAAUUGAAGAAAUACUGGUGGGACAGAGAUCAGCGAAAUAGCGAGUUGGACUGUCGGAUGUGCGAGAAAUGGCGCGAUGACCUGUUAAAGACAUCGCCGGUAAUCGUCUACAUGAACCAACAGAUUGCAGCGCUCGGUGGUGACGUCGGCAAACACAACAUCCGCUGUCGCACGUGUCCUCAGCCGAGCUUAGGUGGCUUUGAUUCGGACUUUGGUAUCAAAAUCUGCGCCAACUACGUUGACUCCAAAUCGAAGAUGGAGGACACUAUAGCCCAUGAAAUGGUGCAUGCCUAUGAUAUUCUGAGGUUCCGAACAUUACUGGACCAGACAAAUCUCAAGCAUGCUGCUUGCUCUGAGAUCCGAGCCAGCAACCUCAGCGGAGAAUGUCGCUGGGCCAAUGAAUUCUUCGGCAACAAAUUCAUGAAGUUUACGAAUCAUCACCAGGAGUGUGUACGGAGGAGAGCGGUCCAAUCCUUGAUUGGACGGCCGGACUGUAAAGAUGAUGUCAAAGCAGUCAAAGCAGUCAACGAGGUCUGGGACAGCUGUUUUGCCGACACCAGGCCAUUUGAUGAGAUCUACCGAUGACCAUUUUGCGGAAAGCCUUGCAUGUAUAAAAGAUUCAUUGGAGCGUGGUGUGCAUAGGUUGUGGGUUUUCAUCCCUUGUGAUUCCUCACAGGUGGUAUCUCGAUUCGUUAUAUAUGAUCUCCGGUCUGCAUGACACGGUUUGCCAAAUCAUCCCUGCUCUACUAAUUGUUACAUCAACGCCACCAGAAAACCAACGCCUUGAUGAUGCACUAUAUAUUGCCAGGUCCGGCAUUGAUCAAUCUCGC